AUGGCCCUCAUCAACAACGCGGGAGGCAGCGUGACCAGUGCAUUACUGCUCACGCUGCUGGCGUGGGCCGUGCGCUGGCUGCGGGCGGAGCUCAACCGCAAGCGGCGGGAGGAGGAGAGCGGCAAGCAGGCCUCGCGCCGCACCGUGGGCCGCUUCUUCGGCCGGCUCUCGCCGGUGGCGCUGCGCAUGCUGGUGGAGACCGGGCCCUACCCGCACCACAUCUUCACGCUGCGCCCCUCAGCACCCAACGACGCGCUGCCUGCGGAGCUGCGUGGCGCGCUGCGCCUGCCGGAGUCGCGUGUGGCGGCGGUGCUGGGGUCGGAGGCGGCGUGGGGUGAGGCCUUCCAGGGCGUGCCCUUCCCCAAGCCACACUACCUGCUGGUGUUUGUGGGCAACACCGAGGAGGAGGAGCUGCGGGCGGCGGCCGCCGCCGCCAGCUGCGGCUUCCAGCGCUCCAUGGUGCUGGAGGGCGGCCUGCAGCUGCUCGCGGCGGGCGGCGCGCAGCCGCAGGCCGACCUGCGGUUCAUCAACCGAGACGCACUGGCGGUGCUGCUGGGAAUGUGUGCCGAGGCGGGCGUGGUGCACGCGCCGCCCGCCGCGCUCAUCGACGUGCGGCGCAGCGACGAGCGCGCGCUGUAUGGGGCCAUCAAGGGGGCGGCGCACAUCCCGGUGGACCAGGUGCCCAGCGCGCUGGCGCUGCCUGCCGACCAGUUCCUGGAGCGGUACCGCUUCCCCAAGCCAGCCCCGGACGACCUCGUCAUCUUCUCAUGCCGCACCAACACGCGGUCGGGGUGGGCUGCCCAGCUAGCGCAGGAUGCGGGCCUGCAGCGGUGCCUGGUGCUGCGCCAGGGCGUGUACGGCUGGCGGCUGGACCCGUCUGUGAAGCCCUACCGCGGCUACAAGCUGCAGGAUGCGCCGCCAGAGGCGGAGCCGUUCCAGGUGGAGCCCAUCAACGUGGAGGCGGGACGGGUGGAGCUGGCGCAGCUGGGCAUCCCUGUGAUGUGA